CUUGGACUUUUGAAAUCGUUUAAAAAUAAAAUUAAAAAAUAUUACGAAAUAAAUUUUUGAUUCAAACUUGAAGAUUAUAAAGAAAUCGUAUACAAUUAAUUGGACAUAAUAUUGUUCAAAACCAAAAUUAAUUAGAGCAAUUCUAAUUCUAACUCAACAGAUAAGUGUAAAUUAAGUGGUGCUUAGAGUAUAAAAAGAAACGGAGAAACUUUAAAAAAAAAAAUGAUUUCAAUAUCUAAAGUGAUUUUAAUUUUUGCAAUUUGUAAUUUUUUAAGUGCUAUUGAAGCAUUCAAAUUAAUAAAAACUGACAAUUUUGAAAGUAAUAAAAUUAAUUUUCAAAAUUUUAAUUCAACAAGCAAAUUUAUAUUAGACAAUGGAGAGAAAAAAUUUUAUGAAUUCGGUAAUCGAAUUACAGGUGAUAAGAUGAAAGGUGAAGUAAAAGAAAAAUUUACUUUUCCCUCACUAACAAACAAAGAAAUCACACUGUCAUUCCCGGAUGAUAAUGGAAAACAAUUCAGAAUUACUCAAAUACGUAUUUAUGUAGAUCAAAGUAGUACUGAAGGUGCUGCACACAUUAUUGAUGGGGGAAUUGAUGAAAAUUUUAUAAAAAUUGAAGUGAAAGCUGAACAAACAAUGUAUUUUUCAUAUUUGGCUGAAUGUUAUGGUUAUUAAGGUGCAAUUUUUAU